GCUAACCGGUCUGUCUAUAGAGUCAAUUCUAAGUAGAAAGCGGCCUGGUUCUCAAUAUUAAUGACCAACUUACGUUAUGGGCCGAAUCAGGCGUAUGAUGAUAGAUCCAACUAAUACAUCCGACCCGACCCGAACUUAAACCCCCCACCUUCGUAAAAUCACAAAAACGUCGCCGAGUCCGAGAAGAAGAAGAGUGUCAACAUGGCGGCGAACGGCGUGAGAAGAGCCCUUCACUCAUCGUCAUCCACGGGGAGAAUACUCUUCAGUCGUUCAUCUUCUGCUCCGAAACUCGGAAAAUCCGCGGGAUUCGCUUUCGGGAAUGGAUCAUCUUCAUCUCGCUCCUCACUUCGCAGGCUCACAUCCUCCAGGAUCCCAGUGGAGCUGGGUGCAGGGAUGUCGCUUAUACCUUUACACAGUGUUACUGCUUCAGCCUUGCUCACUUCGUUGCUGUCUCUCAGCAAUCAAAGCUGGGGUUGCCUUUCAGAAGGAUUUGCGACAACCCUAUAACAUUGCCUGCAAGUUUUGGUGGGGCUAUUGCUUGUCAGAUUCCAAGAAACUAGUUUCAUUUUGUUGGUGGUUUUUUUCCAAAGGUUUAAGAUAUCAAAGUAGCAAAAGAAACACACUGCCGUAGCUUUCUUCUAAGGAAGGCUCCUUUGUUCGGUUUAUUUAUACAAUUUCCAUCUUCGGUUUGAUGAUUUCGUUACCUUAACACUUGCCCUUGGAAAUAAACUACCCGUUUUGCUGA